UGUAGUCCUGGUGCCUUUCUUCACUUCCUUUUCCGAGCUGAGACGCCCUGGAAAAAACUACCAAUCCCCAAAGGCACUGCGCGCCCCCCUCGGCGCCUGCGCGAGUUCCGAGGCAGCAGGGCGGGACUCAGGUGGGCGGGAUGCGAAGAGCUAUGGGGAAGGAUUCGAAUUCCGGAGGAUUUAAAUCGCGGGAGGAGAAGCCACCGCGGCCUAGUAGAAGAAGACCUCUGUUGAACACAGACUACAGUUCCAGCCACCACAGCUAAUCUGGAUCAUGAACUGGAGCCACCGUGGUCUUGGCAAGUCCGGAAACAUAGCUGAGUAGCUCAUCUAGAAAAGAGAUUUGUGUUCAGCUGAGUUGAAAGAAGUAUUUAGCUGUAUCUCAAACCUCUCCUCUUGCACAACCAACCCCCAUUAUAAAAGGAAGUGCAAAAUGGAAUAAACUGAUUUUAAGUGAAUACAAGCUGUCUUUAUAUACAAAAGUAACUCAAGGAUGGUGAUGUACCCAGUCAUGCUUUCAACUGAUUUGGGAAGCCUACACCAUUCACCUUAGGUUACAUAUGAGGAUAACUUAAAACAUUAAGCUAUGCAUAAAAACUCCAAGAGAAACAAUAAUUCAAGAGUUUCUCACACAGAAGUGAACUCUGUGGAUGCUGAGAAGGAAAAAAAUGAGAGUCAAAACAACUUUGUUGAACUGCUGCCUACAGAAAUCACUUUUAAAAUUUUCAGUCAGCUGGACAUUCGGAGUCUGUGCAGGGCUUCAUUGACAUGCAGGAGCUGGAAUGACAGAAUAAGAAACAGUGACUCUUUAUGGAAACCUCACUGCAUGACUGUAAGAGCUGUGUGCCGAAGAGAAAUAGAUGACGAUCUAGAAAGUGGUUAUUCCUGGAGGGUAAUACUGCUGAGGAAUUACCAGAAGAGUAAAGUGAAACACGAAUGGCUAAGUGGCAGAUACAGCAACAUUUGUUCUCCCAUUAGCCUACCAGAAAAAAUCAUGUACCCAAUGGAUGCAGAUACAUGGGGGGAAAUUCUAGAAGCAGAACUGGAAAGAUAAUGGGAAAAACAAAUCACAAACAAAUCUCAGGUCUUUGAAAGUUUAAAAUUUAAAUGACUCCUAGGUUGCAAAAGCAAUAUCUUUAUUCAUUCAUUUUGUUGUUCACCUUUUUAAAAGAAAGUGAAAUGGAAAUAUUAUAAAAGUAAAGCUUUAUUUUUGUUUUGCACUUUAGUAAAAUUUUUCUGGUUUUAUUGUAAUGUGGAAAAAUCAUGAAAUGUUAUUUUUAUAAGAAAUAAUAUACUGAUAGAGUGAUUUCC